AUGGCCCCACCAAUGGCUGGAGUAAUGAAGCGCAAGGUGCGCACUUUCGUGCGCACCCGCGCCGUCACCACGCCUACCGCCGCCAACGCUCCGCCGCCCCCACCGCGCCUCAUCGACGCAGGACUCCGGCAGUCCCCGUUCCCGCUGCCCAUGCCACAACUCCCGGGAACAGGUCCCGGAGCGGAGAAGAGGACCACGACGCCGCCACAGCGGCCACCACUGGACAUGGAGACAACGCCGCCGCGCUCAUACGCGGCAGUUCUUAACACAAACCCGGACUCGCCGCCGCACGCGCCUCCGCCGAGUAAGAAGAUUUCGCCCAUCGUGGUGGACCAGCUGCCCGACAGGCCGCACCACUUCCGCAAGCUGCGGGAGGUGCUUGGCCACGUCCCCAACGCGCGGCCCGUACGGGAAGGCGACGGGACUCUCAUGGUUCGCCUACGCCCCCCGGCGGAACGCGCCCUGAAGCUGGCCAUCAAGGGCCUUCCCAUGGACACUAACAUCGCCGAACUGGAGGAGGAGCUGCGCAGUCGCGGCUACGACCCCCAGUUUAUCCGUCCCAUCCAGGGCAGGGCAGGGGUGGGCGGAAUCUUCUUCGUGGAGAUCCGGCGGACACUGGGCUUCCAGUCCAUCUACGCCACCACCGAGCUCCUCUGUAUGCCCGGUUCGCGCGAGUUGCGCAACACAAGGGCAGGCACCGCGCCAGUGCAAGACCCAACCAGCGAGCCGACAGCGAGGAGCUCGUUCAUGGCCGCGGCGAACGGCCCGAACGGGCCCAAACCGCAGAGGCAGAGGCGCGCCCGUAAAAGGGCGACACCCGCCCCCACCGCUACCACCACCGCCAAGCCAAUCGCCGUGGUACCCGUCCCGCCGCAGCCCUCUACGACAACAGAGACAGCAGCCGCCGCCCCUCCCAAGGGGAACAAGGCGAGGCCCCAAGCGGAGGCACCCCCAGCUCCCUCCAAUCCAACUGCUCCACGACAUCCUGGCGGCCAUCCGCACACGGACUGA